AAGAAUUCAUUUGAGCYGAUCCAGUGAAGUUUCAUGUUUACUUGUUGGUAAUUAGCUCUGCUUACAAUUCAUCAUCCGGAAGAUGAACAAUGAGGCGGGAUGCUCUGGAUCACAUCGAAUUCACGUCACUUAAUGGGCCGCGUUUAAUUCGACCGAUUACUGCAAAGAUAGCAGUGUUACAGGACUUAGAUUGCUUCGCACUUCGACAGUUAAACAUCGCGAGCGGAGACGUUGGUCACAACAAAACGCAAAGUAGGGACAAGCGUUAGAGAAUCCUUAGUAAUCCACGAGGAAAUCACUAAUUUCGAAGCAAGGUAUCAAAGAACAAUCAAUCGAGAAGGAUCGCGAUCGUUUUCUUAAGGUUAAACUUAGCCAUGACCUCCACUGUUGAAACUACCACAGCUAUUGUGAAUUGCACUUCAGACAUAACGAACUGUUCGYUUUUCAAGAACUCCACAACAUCACCUUCAAGCCCCAUUACAGAGGAAAAGGAACCUUUAUUCUCGCUGAUUUUACGCAUCGCGCUGUGUUGCUUGGUGUUUGUUCUCAAUAUUCUAGGAAAUGCCAUGGUUUGUAUCGUAGUAAGAAGAAAUAGCAAGUUACGUAGUUUCAGGAAUUACUACUAUGGCCUUUUUUUAGUCAAUCUCUCCGUGGCGGACAUGACUGUAGCGAUCUUCAUCAUGCCGUUCGUCUUGAUGUUUUACGAGACUGGMAAGUAUCCGUUUGGUUUUUACGGCUCGUCUGCCGCCUGUAAGCUAGUCCCGACGCUUAGCCUAAUGUGCCAAGGUGCGUCGGUCUAUAGCCUUGCCUCUCUCACUUUUCAGCGUUACAUAGGAAUUGUUUACCCGCUGAAGGCAAGACUGACCCUUGGUAAGGUCAAAAUAGUACUAUCCUUAGUKUGGUUCUUUGCCUUUGUCAAUUCUUUCCCWCUGAUCUUGGURUCAGAUGGAGUGCGYACGCCGAAGUAUAACCAAUACAGCUGUGAUGAAUUCUGGCCCGAYGAAAGRAUGCGYAGUGGUUACACCAUGUACCUUUUCGUGGUCGAGUAYCUYCUUCCAUUAUCCAUCAUCUCCAUGACCUACACCAAGAUGGCGCUCGUCUUGUGCAACAGAGAAAAAGAGUUUGAAGGCMAGAAGACCUGCAGUAGGAGUAAGGUACGGCACAUGAAGUUCAUAAGGCUCYUAAUCGUUCUUGUUGCUUCCUUUGCCAUAUGUUAUCUACCCAACCAUGUGCUAUUUUUCUGGUAUGAUUAUGGGUCAGGWAGCGCGUACCCAUAUUUCUCCGUUCUUAUGAAGUGGACUCAUUUUAGUAUAUGGCUUAACUCCUGCCUCAACCCUUAUCUGUACGGAGCCCUGGAUGAAUAUUUUAGCGAGGGMUAUAAGAAAGUCAUACGGCAAUGUGCGAGACUGGAAGUUAAAAGUAAAGUCACACAUUCAAGGAUUGCGCGCCAGCUGUCCAGGUUGUACUCCGUAAGGAACUUUUCCACUGUGGAAAUGGACUCGAAUUCUGAUGAUUAACUGUGAAAAUAAACUGAAACUCARUGGUGAACUUUAUACARCGUUGGACCUGAGUUUUGACCAUGAAGAAAUGAUCAUAUAUAUAUAUGGUUUAUUUUGAUUUUAAGGAUAAGGAUAUGAGAAAAACGGACAAAAUAAGCGAUUUAUUAGCAUCAAAUAACCCGAAAAAGAAAUGAGAUUAGAAAAAGAACACAUUUUUCACGUUUUUAAGAAAGUACAAAUUAAAAGCAUCAAGUAAAAUUGCCCUAUCCACAUGUAAAUAGUCAUCUAGAUCGUAGUGAUUAUUUUUUAAAUUACUAUUCUACCAG